AUGAUGGCAUUUGUUGGAUCCUUUACUGCCCCGGCCCUCUCGCGCAACGCCUUCGCCGGCGCCAAGGUGUCAGCCGCCCCCUCCCAUGUCGUCGCUCGCGUGUCCAUGCAGACCAAGAGCCCCUCCGUCCCGUUCAUGGACGUGCCCGCCAACCUCUCGCCGGAUAUGCCCGGAUACGUCGGCUUCGACCCCCUCAACAUCUCCGACUACCUCAACGUCAAGUUCCUGCAGGAGGCCGAGAUCAAGCAUUGCCGCGUGUGCCUGCUUGCCAUCCUUGGAAUGAUCGUCGCCGAGGUCUACCAGUUCCCGUGGUACAAGGAGUACCCGCACCUGGUCAUCGACCGCCACAACUGGGGCGUCACCAACGGCUCCAUGCUCCAGCUUCUCAUCUGGAUCUCCUUCUGGGAGAUCAUGACCACCCCGGCCACUAUCCAGAUGGUCAACGGCCAGUCGGACCGCGAGCCGGGCUACUUUGGCUUCGACCCCUUGGGCCUCGGCAAGAACCCCGACAAGCUCGCCACCUACAAGGUCAACGAGAUCAAGAACGGCCGCCUCGCUAUGAUCGCCGUCUCGGGCGCCAUCCACCACGCCGCUAUCUCCCAACAGAACAUGUUCGAGCAAAUCACUUCCGGAGGCUUGUUGCCAUCGUUCUAAAUCAGUGCCGUUCACAUCUCCCGCUUAUCCCCUUUGCCGAGUCGUUGACAAGGUCAUUUUAUUUUUGUCUCCGGCCCCCGUGGGACUUGGCUCGUUUCCACACCUUGGUUUUUUUUCAGGGCAGGAAAAUGUGGGCACGUGUAAUAUCAGUAGGUGGUAAGGUCGGUUAUGUGGCCGACGCCAAAGUAAAACCUGCGACUUUUCUUCAUGUUUCUUUUUAUCGCGAGUGGUGAACCCGUUAGUCAGGCGAGUUUGUUGCAGAGAUGCGCACGCCUUGAUCACAUCAUCAGGGUGAGGGGUGCCCGUGUUGACUGACGCAUGUGGAUUGUUCACCCAUGGGCACCCAUGGGCACUCAUGGACACCCAGUCCAGGCGCUACUGCAAAGACCCUCGAAGCCCUUGAAAUCAUCUAUACUGUACCUUCGAAGGUACCUUCAAAGGUACCUUCAAAGGUACCGUUACUGUGUGGAGGCGGACGAGCGAGCAGAAGAUACCCAAGGAUAGUUUCUGUUGCGGAUCGAACGCUUCUGGUUUUUGAAGCUGCUGCAGGCAGGCGCCUUUCGGUAGCGCCAUUGGUAACCGAAUUGGUUAACCGAGUUAGUUACCGGGAUUUCCCAGAUUUCCAGCGAUUUACUGUGUAAAGCAGAUGAAACACGGGUAUCCAAGAAAUAAACGUAAAACAGCAUUGACGACGA